AUGGGAGAGCAGCAGCAGCAGCAGCCUGAGCUGCCUCCCGGGUUCAGGUUCCAUCCGACGGACGAGGAGAUCAUCACCUUCUACCUCACACCCAAGGUGCUUGACAGCAGGGGAUUUUGCGUGGCCGCCAUUGGAGAGGUCGACCUCAACAAGUGCGAGCCAUGGGACUUGCCAGGGAAGGCGAAGAUGAUUGGGGAGAAGGAGUGGUAUUUCUACUGCCAGAAGGACCGCAAGUACCCGACAGGGAUGAGGACGAACAGGGCGACGGAGGCCGGCUACUGGAAGGCCACCGGCAAGGACAAGGAGAUCUUCCGCCACCACCACCUGCUCGUCGGCAUGAAGAAGACGCUCGUCUUCUACAAGGGCAGGGCUCCCAAGGGCGACAAGACCAACUGGGUCAUGCACGAGUACAGGCUCGCCGACGCCUCCUCCUCUGCAGCAGACCCCACUCCCAGCCCCAGGCACGACGACUGGGCCGUCUGCAGGAUCUUCCACAAGAGCUCCGGUAUCAAGAAACCCUUAAUGCCAGUGCCCAUGCCGAUGCCGGUGCAGCUUCAGGCCACCUACCACCAGCAGAUGGCCAUGGGCAUCAUCCCCAUGCCAAUGCAGCCCAUGGUCGACCUGCAGGUUGACGACUUCCCCAACGGCCUGCCUCCUCUCAUGGCACCCGCACCGCCGCCGCCUGGUUCUUCCUACUCCACGCUGCCUGGCUUCCCCGGCUCCGGGCUGCCGCUUCCGAUGAACGGCGGCGGGCAGCAGUUUGGGAACCCGCCGGCGCCGAUGCCGCAGUUUUACCACCAGCAGAUGGACGGCGGCUACGUGGGCGAGCCAGUGAGCGAGCCGUCGUCGCUGGUAUCGCAGGACACCGAGCAGAACAGCAACAACGCCGCGGCCGCCGCCGCCGCCGAGAUCUCAUCGGUGGCAUGCAACAUGGUAGCCAUGGACGGAGCCAUGUGGAAAUACUGA